AUGAUUAUCUCCCUUUUUCUUGAUGAAUUCAAUUUCUUUCCAGCUUUCUUUUCUUUUUCUUUUUUGCCUUCUUUUCUGUGUUCCCUUCAACUUCUUUGUGUUUCUUUAUUUAUUAUGUUUCCGCAUUUUUAUGUUGCCUUAUUUUAUUUUCUUUAUUUAUUUCAUUCUCUAUUUUUCUAUUUUUUUUUCCUUUUUCGUUUUCCUUUUCUGUUUUUCCUUAUAUCUUUUUGCAUUUGCACCUUUUCUCUUUUCUUCAUUUUUGCUUCUCAAUUUUUAUUUUUUUAUUUUCUUUUUAAUCGAUUUCAUGCUUUAUUCCUUCCCCCCCCUUUCUUGGUUACUUUCUUCUUUUCCAUUUUAGCUUUUUUUCUUUCUUUCUCUUCUUUUACUUUCUUUCUUUUUAUGUUUUUUUUUCAUUUCCAUCUUUUCUCUUUUCUUCCCUUAUUUUUACUUCUCUUUUUUCUUUAUUUUGAUUUCCUAUUUCAUUCAUUCAUUCAUUCAUUCUUUCUUUCUUUCUUUCUUUCUUUCUUUCUCCUUAUUCAAUUUCACCUUCAGUUCUUCUGUCUUUUUUUUUCUUAUUUUCACGAAUUUACUUAUCUCUUGAGUUUCACAUAA